UUACAGAAACACCAGUUCACAAAGGAGCACCUCCAUCUCCACCUCAACGGAGCAAGUUAGUUAGAUCGUGCAUGAAUUCACAUAGGCGAUACUUAAGUCAUAGGACUUCAAAAUUUUCCAGCAACAGACACCGGAAGCUUCAACCUUUUAGAGAAACGUGAGGCAAUAAUUCAAAAUAAAACGCCCGCGUUAACAAUUAAAAUUAAAAACUAAAAAUUAAUAACCAAUUGAUGUAUUUAAAAACCAUAAAAAAUUAAAAACAACAAAAAAAUUACAAAACAAAAAAAAAUCAUACAAAAAAAAUUUAUAAUUUAAAAUUGAAAAAAGUUGCAAUAAAACAGCCAACAACGGAAACUACUCUGUGUGGUGUAAAAUCAAAAAACUAAAUUUUUGUCCUUCUAAACUCAAGGAAAAUAAAAAAAAACAAAAACAAAGAAAAUAGUUAAUAUUAAUUAAUUAUAUUAAAAUAAACUGAACAAAAAAACUAUCACACAAAGCUUUAGUCCUAAAGCCAGAAACCGAAAGAAGAAACACAAACGCAAAUCAACAAACAAACUUCAUGAAUUUAAUAACAAAUAUCUACAGUAAAUCAAAAAAUAAAAAUUUAAAACCCUUAACCUCUUCAAGAGUGUUACGGCAGCUGCACACUAAUGAUAAAACAGAUCAAAACGGGUCAAUAGCUUAAGCACGCAGAGCGAGCUCUAAAAAGCCCCAGAAAAGUAAAGAAACAGAAGCAAGAUUAAGAAAGCUUAUAGAAUUCCACCCAAAAAUAACAGGGGAAGCCAGACAAAAUUAGAUCCAAAACGAAACGAAGAAGUUUUUUGUGAAAGUAAAGAGUGUGCAUGAAAAGCAGCUGUUUAUGAGCAACAACAAAGAGAUCGUCAUUGAAGCACAAGAAUAAGUAUAUUUUUGAAAAAAAAACUAACAUUUUUAAACCUUGAAAGGAAUAAAGAAAGAAAUCUAUAAAAAUGGGUUCGGUCAAUGUUAAUCGUAAUGUCACUGACAUUUUCUAUCGCUACAAGAUGCCCCGCAUCAACGCCAAGGUCGAAGGUAAAGGCAACGGCAUCAAGACUGUCAUUGUGAAUAUGGCUGAAGUUGCCAAGGCAAUUGGGCGCCCAGCCACCUACCCGACCAAGUAUUUUGGUUGUGAACUUGGAGCUCAGACUCAAUUUGAUUAUAAGAACGAACGCUUCAUUGUAAACGGCUCCCAUGAUGCCACUAAGCUGCAAGAUCUCCUCGAUGGAUUUAUCCGGAAAUACGUCCUCUGCCCAGAGUGUGAUAAUCCCGAAACUGAUCUAACUGUUUCGGCCAAGAAUGGAUCCAUCUCGCAGUCAUGCAAGGCUUGUGGUUACCAUGGAUUGUUGAAGAUUCACCACAAGGUGAACACUUUCAUCAUCAAGAAUCCACCAACAAUCAAUCCGGCCACUCAAGGAUCCUCAUUGACCAAAGGCAAACGUGGAAGGAAUUCAAAGAAGAAUGGCGAAAAUGGCACCAUGUCGGACUCUGUUAACAACUCGAUGGCCAACAACUCGGGCGACUCAGAUGGAGGCACUAAUCAAGCCAGUCAAACUGAGGCCGAAAUAAACGCCGCUAUUCCGACCAAGGCCGACGAUGAUGAUGACAACUGGACCACUGACACUUCGGCUGAAGCCAUUCGCGCUCGUUUGCAGGAUUUAACUGAUGGCGCCAAGACAAUGACCAUCUCCGAUGACUAUGACAAGACAGAGAAGGAGCGCAUUGAUAUCUUUUAUGAGAUGGUCAAGCGCAAGAUUGAUGAAAAACAACUAGACUCUGUUGCUGUCCACAAGGAGCUGGCCAUCGAGGCCGAACGCUUGGAUAUCAAUCACAAGGCUACUCUGGUAUUGGCCGAGUUGCUGUUCUCAGCUAACAUCAUCAACGAGGUCCGUAAGCAUCGUAAUCUUCUGUUGCGCUUCACUCACAACAAUUCGAAGGCACAACGCUACUUGAUCGGUGGCAUCGAGCAAAUCAUCGCUUUGCACUCUGCCAAGCUAAUGGACAAAGUUGCUGGAAUUCUGAAGCUCUUCUAUGAUGCCGACAUCCUCGAGGAGAAGGCCAUUCUAGAUUGGGCACAGAAGGUGAGCAAGAAGUAUGUCUCCAAGGAAGUGGCCGCCGAAAUCCAUGAGAAGGCAAAACCUUUCAUUCAAUGGUUGCAGGAGGCCGAAGAGGAGGACUCCUCUCAAGAUGAAGAAGAUGAUUCUGAUUUGGAGAUCGAAUAUGAUGAUCGUGCUCACAUUCAGCCAAUGAAAAAGGCUCCAGCUCCGGCUGCCAAGAAAAUCAUGGACGAGGAUGAUGAUGGUGAAGAAAUCGACAUUGAUGGCAUCUAGAUGACGCGGCUGCGCGCGCAAAGACUUACUUCUUCCCGUAGUACAGCUCUUUUUUUAUGUUUCAUUUUGUUGAUAAUUAUUUCUUUCUAUUUCUAACUAAACAGAUAGUUAUAACUCCUUUUACUCUCCUCUUCUAUAUAAAUACAUAUAAUCUAUAAAAAUGUUCCAUUUUUCCCUUAAAAACAAAAAGAAGUUACACCCGCAGUUGGAUUUGGUUUUAAAUAUUAUAAUAUUUGCAAUUUACUAUUAAAAAAAAAAAAACAAUCUUACACGCUUUGAUUUUUAAAUUAUACACAAAAUUAAAUUUUUAAAAACAAAAAAAAUGCUUUUCUCCAUAUUUUAUUUUGAAAUUUAUUAAUUUAAAGAAAAAUAUAUACAUUCAUAGUUUUUUUCUUCUUCCUCUUUUUUAAAAUAUAAAUUCCAAUUCAUUUGAUAAAAUAGACUUUUAAAAAAAUAAAAACACAACACACGUAUUA